UAGGAGGAUUUUUACCACUCAGCAGCCAGUAGUUCAGUUUAGAAACUGACACCCUAAUUGCUGCCAAUUUCCAGGUAUGGUACUUUAUUAUGAUAAGCUUGUGGAAUCUGCUGAAUAGCAGGUGUCUGCCCACAGCUUCGGAGAGAAUACUGGCUACAGUUCUGUACAGUAUAUUUUUCUUGGUAAAGAUGAGUUGUAUAGAGAGAUAGCAAUGCUGAGCACAAUGCUAUAAACAGAAAUCCAAAGUAGAUUAUUCUUGCCAAUAGUCUUGUUUUAAAUACAAUUUUUCCUAAUGCAUUUGUGUGAUUUAUUAAUGAUGUUGCACCACAUUUGACGUCAAAAUGUCAUCUGGUUUCUGUCAUACUUCUGAUCAUAAGUUGCCAGAAAUGUGAAGACUAGGAGAAUUAAGCAGGAUAUCUGCAUAGCAUUUAUGAGUGCUUACCUGAAGAAAAAAAUCACCACAAUGUUUUUACAAUAAACCCAAAACACAUCAUGAGAAUCUGCCCUCAAACGGAACGCUUUGGGGUUUUCUUAGUAAUUUAUUUCCAAAUGCACAUUUCAUCAAAGUAAAUAGGACCUGUCAGGUAACCAGUUGGGAUAAAACCACUUAAAAAAAUAAUUUUGCUAUACUGGGUACACCACUGGUGUACAGAAUUAGGUCAGCGGAUUCAACCAAUCAUCUAUUAUAUUAGAAACUCAUUGUUGAGUUCUUUACAGUGCGGAUGUGUAGUCUAAGUAUGAAGUUGACUUUUGUCAACAAAUCGAUACCUUGUAGUUUUUAUAGUUGGCUAUUGAGGUAACUCGUACAUAAUUAUUAGUUCAAUCAAAGAGGUCACUGGCUGAAUGGGUAGUGGUAAUUCUGUGAGAAACAUCACAGAGAGCUUUACAUUGCAGCAGUCACACAGCUAGGGAGAAAUUGCAGAAGCGAUGUGAUAGCACUUCGAAAUAACCUUCCUGAGCAGGAUCAUGUCAUUUAGUAACUUUAAAUGACACCGAGGUGCUUAUCAAGCAAUGAGUAUGACAUUUACACUUAAGGAGGACAUUUCUUACAUACUCUUGUUUCUCAUUUGAAAUCAUCAUACAGAUCAGGAAAGGAAUAAAUUGCAUAUGGUAAUCACUUGGCAAAAGGGCCGACUGCAUUAGGAUAAAAUGGAUAAUGAAGCAACUCUUCAUGUGGUAAUCUGUGUUUCUAACAUGGCCAAAGUCUCAGAGAAACAGUAGAUGGAAGUAAUUCUCCUGAUGAAAUCUGAUACGAAUUAAAAGGACAAAAAACUGACGACAAAAACUGCAAUUCAAGUUUUAGGGCAAAACCUCAAACAGAGUUUCAUGGUAGAUUUAUAAAGAGAACUGAAAAGGAAACUCUGCUGAGGUCCAGCAAACAGUCCUCAUUAUCUCAACUAUCCCACCAUUGAGCAAGCAUGAAGGGCCAAAUGAUGCAGACAAUGGCAUCUACCUCAGGAGCACUAUGUUUUGCUCUUGCUCUUCUGCUACAUGGUUGUGCCGCUUUAAAUGGAACACGGGAGGAUGAACAACUUAACGUUGUUGAAAUUAAGGAAAACUCUCACAUGAAUCAAACAACCAAGAAUCAAAGUGAUACAGAUUCUCAGGAUGAACUGUUCUUUCAAGAGUUCACAUUUGGCUUGGAUGGGGUCGCAACUCUCAUUGUGGCUUUACUUGGCAUAGUGUGUAAUAUCCUGGUUAUAAUCGUGCUCACGCGUCCAAGGAUGCACUCUUCUACCAACAGCUAUCUCACAGCAUUAGCAAUCUGGGACAGCACUCUUUUACUUUGUACGACUUUUCUUGAACCACUGCGACACAUCCCAAAGCAUGACAAUUACUACGAAGAUUAUACAUUUGCUUUUUUAGUACCGUAUGUCUAUCCACUGGCCACAUGUGCACAGACAGCUACAAUAUGGUUGACUGUAUCAUUUACUGUGGAACGUUACAUAGCUGUGUGUCAUCCCUUGCGAGCACAUGAAUUUUGUACAAUCAAAAGAGCUCGUAUUGUGAUUGCCAUAGUAUCCGUGGUUUCGUUCUUCUACAACUUAGUUCGGCAUUUUGAACAUGUGCCUUUCCCCCUUGUGGAUGACAACAGAACAAUAUAUAUCUUGAAGCCCACAGACUUGGGACUUAAUGAAACAUACAUGAAUGUCUACUCCACCUUUUAUGUUAUAAUAAUGUUUGUUAUACCUGUCAGUACCUUGGCAGUGCUAAACACUUUCCUCAUACGUGCAGUUCAUCGCUCACGGAAGGAACAAAAAACUAUGAAUGUGCGGAAAUCAAAGGAAAAUAAUGUGACAAUUAUGCUAGCUAGCAUUGUGAUGGUGUUUUUGGUCUGCCAGACCCCUGCCUUGGUAUAUAACCUCGCCUUCAGCAUCGACACAAAAUAUGUUGCGACAGAUUUCAGCUACAGGAUCCUCUCAUCGUUUAGGAACUUCUUGGUGACACUUAACAGUGCUAUCAACUUCAUCCUCUACUGUGCCAUAGGUCAGAAAUUCCGGACUGUCUUCAUGUUGACAUUCUGUAGGUGCAUUCUAAAUCCUGAACAGUUACUGAGCAUGGAGAGAACUAAUGUCUACGCCCCAACAGUCAACAUGACUGCCGUGUCGAAUGCAAAGAAGUUCGCCAAAGUGGCAGCCACAAAACAUAAAAAUACUUCCGACGAAAGCAUGAAUUCUCUACGCUCCAAUAAUAAUUCAAACUCAACAGCAAAUUCGACCCUCCUGAAUCAGCCCCAUACCAAUGGGAAACUUUAUACCACUAACUGGCGAGGAGUCCCAGAAAUGGAGAGACUCACCAUGCAGCAGGAAGAAAAUAAUGUUAUUCAAAACCCUGGUGCUGAAGACAAUACGAGUUUCUCUGGGUCUGAACUAACUCUGAAGCAUGAAUUUGCUGAAGACGAAGAACCUGAAUUUUACCUGUACAGAAUUGACUUGCAGCAGUUGCAACCUGAAUCGAUCAUAUGACUUCUUCCAAAAGAUGGUCCAUCUAGAAUACAACGUGUUCCAAACUUAUUACCUAGCUGCAGUUCUCAGUGUUAUACCCAAACCACUAUUAAAAAGUUACUUUUUUGCCAAUGGUGAAAAUACAGAAAAUAUAUCCAAAAUGUUAUCUUUCUUUUAAAAAUAAUCCUGAAUUAUGGUCAGAAUUGGACAGGUUCCGAGAAAAAAUUAUGUCAGAGUUGGAUAGGUUUUAUGUUUACCACUUCAUUAAUGGCCUAUCAAUGAGUCAUAAUUUAAACACUAAACAAACCUUUAAAUCUUUCACCUUCAUUAUCAUAUCAAAAAAUAUCCAGACAAUCCAAGAUUUUUUCAUUAACAGACACCAGGCCUGAUUUUCAAGAUAUUGUCAGUGGUUUCAGAUCCAUGGAGACUUGUUGGAAAGUGAUGCAGGAAACCACCCCAUGGACCCUGUUUCUGAAGAUGUCUGAAGUUGAAGUUUAUGUGUUAAACUGCUAACCCUUGUUUACUAUGCCAGGCCUUAGUACUUUGCAAUUUUGGUCUAGCAGUAAGAACUUUUAAGAAAGACUGACCCAUUUUAGGUGUUUGACAUAUCAAAGCGGGUUACUAUCACCAAUGUGAUAGACAGUCACGUCGCUCAAGGGCUCAGUUAAAGAACCCAAAAGCCAUGGCUAACAGCAUUAAAGAUUUUUUGUGAAAUGCGACUUGGUCAGACAGGUCUUAGAGACCACUCCCACAGAUAUUUAGAUUGAUCCAGGGCUUGACAUUAAGGGUGGCCCACUGGCCCUGGGCCACUGAAAACCAAC